AUGUCAACCAUCAUACCCUCCUUACCUCUACCAACCAGUCUCGUCUGGAGCUGGACCACCAUCCUCACCGUGCUCGUUCCCUCUUACCUCCUCCUCAUUCGCUACCUCCGCUUCCAGCGCCUGCACUCCUACCGCACCCGCUUCCCGCACUACUUCGCCCCGGAUGGCUCCCCCACCAAUCUGGACAAAAUGACCCUUCAAGACGCCCACCAAAUCCACAUGGACCUCUCCCAGCGCGAGUUUCCCUACCUCUAUAGGCGCUCCCUCUUCUUCGCCCUCUUCAAGACCUACUCGAUCCCCUCCAUCUCGUCCCUUUUGCUAGCAACAGGCCAACUUUCCGCGACCAAAAGCGCUUCCAAGCGAGCCACCGACACCGAGGUCCUGAUUGGGGAAAUCAUCAUCAACCCGCCCUGGGAGAAGAGGGGGCUGGAGGCGCUGGCGAGAAUGAAUUGGUUGCAUGGCCGCUGGCAGAAGGCGGGACGGAUCAAGAACGGGGAUAUGCUGUACACGCUGAGCAUGUUUGCGCUGGAGCCGGAGAGGUGGAUCGGCAGGUGGGAGUGGAGGGAGGUGAGUGUGGUGGAGAGGUGUGCGUUGGGUGUGGUGUGGAGGGAGGUGGGGGAGUUGAUGGGGAUUGGGAUGGAGGAGUUGGACAGGUUCGGGAGGAAGAAGAAGGAGGGGGAGGAGCGAGAAGAGGAGGAGAGUGGACUGGAGUGGAUGGAAAAGAUGAAGCGGUGGAGUGAUUGGUAUGAAGAUACGGAGGUGCGGUAUACAGAGAGCAACGAAAAGGUGGCGAAGCAUACGGUGGAUUUGUUGCUGUUGAGCCAGCCCAGCUUUUUGAGGGGCGUUGGGAAAGGGUUUAUUGGGGUGUUGAUGGGGAAGAAGUUGAGAGAGGCUAUGAAUUUCCCCGAACCGCCUCAAUGGCAAGAAAAGUCCCUGACCUGGUUCCUCCUCUUCCGCCGCUGGUUGCUCCUUCACCUCAGCCCUCCCCGACCCGAGUGGAUGGUCCUCCACAAAAUCGACAAGGACGUCGACCCAGCCACCGGAAAGUAUCACUACAACGUAUACGAACUUGACCCGUGGUAUGUGAAGCCGACGUUUUGGAAACGCUGGGGACCGUCGGCCCUACUGAGUCGCUUGGCUGGGGCUCCGGUUCCGGGUGAUGGGGGUAGCAGGUUCCAGCCGGAGGGCUAUCACAUCCAUGAGGUUGGCCCCGAGAAAUUGAGGGGACAGGGGAAGGAAGAGAUUGAGGAGAUGGUAAGGGAUUUGGAGAGGAGGAGACUGGAGGUGUUGGCUAAGGGUGGUUGCAUUGGUGGUACCGGUGGGAGGAGGUGUCCUAUGGGACUUGCAUAG